UGUGGAAGAAAACUCACCAUGCACUGGAUUGCAUUGUCCAGUACCGCAUCACAAUUGUGUCGGAGCGAAACUGUAGCGCGCGCGUUGCGAUUCCUCUCGUGUGUCGGUUCUGGCGCGAAACGAAAAAAGAAGCGGCCGCCCGGAAGACCGCGGUGUCUCAUCCGUCGUGUCGUUGAUCGAACCAGAUACGCACGCAUUAUACCGCAUGUGGUGAAUCCAAGCCGGUGGUGCAUUGAUUGCGUGUGCGGCGUGUGUGGUUGAGGGAAUGGUAGUAUCCGCUGGUUAUUAUGAUGAUGUGUUGAUAAAUAGUGCAGUUCUAGUGGUGCGAGUUGGUGUUGGUUCAAAACAGGGAGAAUAUAGUGUACCAACCAAGCCAAGAGCGCGACCUUCGCUGAUAGUUAACAUUGCAAAUAUGGUAGACGACUGCGGCGGCGGCGGCGGCGGCGGCAACGACGUCGAGUGUGUUUAGAAGAUUCGCCAGGAAAAACAAAUUGUGGUAGUGUACCUUGCCUUGAGGCUUGUUGUAAGGCGAGCACGCUGUUGGCUUGGAAAAAGUGAGUAACGGAUAGAAGAAUUAUUCUCUGUGAUGAUGAUGGAGGCAAUGCGAAAAAUUGUCAAUGGAAAUAAUGUUGAUGAUAAAGAGUUUUGAUUAGCAUUUCCGGAUUGUCAAGCUUGAUUGAGUUUUCAUAUGCUCCCGGGAUGUCUUCCAGUGCCAAACAACGAAUGAAGGAUGAUCUAUUCAAAAAGUGCGAAUACCGCUGGAAAUGACCAUUUGACGGCGACUACCGUCUCAACGGUCACCGUACCCAGCGCGGCCCUGUUGGAUUCUAUGCAUGCGAGUAUGGCCGCCGUGUCGAAUCUCAACAGCCAUCAACAGACUCUACCGGUGGGUGGAGCCGAGACCCUGCAUAUGGGAGUUGACCACGGUGGCCACCACCAUCACGAUGACGGUGAUGGUAUGGGGAACGGAGCAGCUGACCGGAGGAAGCGAAAAUUUUCAUACAACGAUAAUAGUGAUAUCGAAGAUGAUACUGGUGAUGAUGCAAAGUCUGUACGAACAACAGAUGAAAACAAAAAGCAAAACCACAGCGAAAUUGAAAAGCGUCGGCGUGAUAAAAUGAACACCUACAUCACCGAGCUGUCGGCGAUGAUUCCCAUGUGCCAUGCCAUGUCCCGGAAGCUGGACAAACUGACGGUCCUUCGGAUGGCCGUGCAGCACCUGAAAACGAUACGGGGGGCCGUACAUUCGUACACCGAAGGCCACUACAAGCCGGCCUUCCUCUCCGACCAGGAGCUGAAGAUGUUGAUCCUGCAGGCGGCCGAGGGUUUCCUGUUUGUGGUGGGCUGUGAUCGAGGCAGGAUUCUGUAUGUGUCGGAAUCUGUCUCGCAAGUACUGAACUAUUCUCAGGGUGAUUUACUGGGUCAAAGUUGGUUUGAUAUUCUCCAUCCUAAGGAUGUGGCAAAGGUCAAGGAGCAACUAUCCUCUUCGGAUCUAAGUCCGAGGGAACGAUUAAUAGAUGCCAAAACGAUGCUUCCGGUUAAAACGGAUGUCCCACAAGGUGUGACGAGGCUGUGUCCGGGCGCCCGGCGCUCGUUCUUCUGUCGAAUGAAGUGCAAAACGAGUAUCCAGGUGAAGGAGGAAGCCGAAUCCAACGGUUCGGCGUCCAGCUGCCAUCGAAGGAAAAACAAAGUCAAUUCAGACAAGAAAUAUUCGGUUAUCCAAUGCACUGGCUACCUAAAAUCCUGGGCUCCCGCAAAAAUUGGCCUAGAAGAACACGAAACCGACGGCGAAGGCGAAUCAUGCAAUCUGUCCUGCCUGGUAGCCGUAGGCCGAGUCCAGCCCAGUCUUUUCCAGAGCCAAAUCUCCGGCAACGGAAACCUCACCAAUCGUCGCCCUACGGUGGACGGUAGCAGCGGCAACAACGCAUCCACCGGAACCAACGGUUGCAAGGGCUUCAACCGGAACAACAUUCCAAACCUGAGAAAUGUACAAUUCAUAUCGCGCCAUGCGAUGGACGGCAAGUUCCUAUUCGUGGACCAACGGGCCACCCUUGUGCUGGGAUUCCUUCCGCAGGAGCUUCUGGGCACCAGCAUGUACGAGUACUACCACCACGAGGACAUUCCGGCUCUGGCCGAGUCACAUAAGGCAGCUCUACAGGGCAAUCAAUGCGUGACGACUCCGGUCUACAGGUUACGAACCAAAGAAAACGGGUUCGUGCGGCUGCAAAGUGAGUGGAAAUCCUUUCGCAAUCCUUGGACGAAGGAGAUCGAGUAUCUGAUAGCGAAGAAUAACGUUAUCCUGGUGGAUUUGGCGGAAGGAACUGGUGGAAGCUACGGGGCAACGAAUGCUUCCGUACAAAGCAGAUGCAAUGGAAGUGGAGGCAACGAGAUCAGCGAUGGCAACAACAACGAAAGUAACGGACAAAGUACGGUUGGAUAUGAAAUUUUUAACCAUUCAAACGGUCGUGAAAUACAACGAAUGAUAAACUCGCAUGUGGAAGCUAGCAAAAUAGGACGUCAAAUAGCGGAGCAGGUUCUGGAUCACCAACGGAGGAUAGGAGAUUCGUCUUCAGAAAGCAGUCCCAACCCGACGGACUCGGCCAUCGCGCAGAGCUUUAACCCGGCCAUCCAAGAGGCUAACAAUUUGUCAACCGAAGCCAUCGCGGCAGUUGAGCGCUCACUAGCAUCUUCGUCCGGUGUGUCACCGUCAUCUUCCUCGGGAGCACCAGGUGCUGCUGCUGGUGCAACCAAUGGAAACACAGGUUCAGCUACCACCGCAGGCACAGGAACAGCUGGUGGCCCAGCCGCUGGACCUCCGCCACAACGAAUAAACGGAACACUUCCCGGUUACAACCACGUUCGGAGUAAUGAGAUCGUCAGUCCCGAUCACGAUGCUCAGCAUGGCCAAGCCAACAGUACCGACGGUAACGAUGAAGCGGCAAUGGCAGUGAUAAUGAGUCUUCUGGAAGCGGAUGCCGGCCUAGGUGGUCCGGUUGAUUUCUCCGGGCUGCCGUGGCCAUUACCUUGAACGAAUACGCACCUUAGAGGCAUUUUUAUUUGUUAUAUUUGAUAUGAGUUAACAUUAAUAGUCAACCAACCACGCAAUGAAUCAGAGUUACCAAUUACCAUUAUUUUUUAGUUCAAAUGAGAGGGGAAUAAUUAUUUUAGUAGACCAAGUCAUUUAUGAGUAUAUUAUUUUAUUGAUAGAAACAUAAAGUGUAGUGAAUAAAUAUGGCGAAUUUUCCGCCAUGUCCCCAACAUCGAAACAUA